UCAUUUCUACCAAUUCAACAAUGGCCCUUGAAUAUUCUUCAUCCUACUCCUUGCUCCCCCAACUCAUCAUCACUCCUUACUUCUUCAUAUUUCUCCUUUUCAUUUUGUACUCAAUAUCAUUAUUCCAUGUCACUUUUACAUCUGCCUCUACACCUACCACUUCUCUUUUGAAAGUUGAACAAGAUCAAGAAGCACUCACUCUUCUAACAUGGAAGGCUAGUCUUGAUAAUCAAACCCAAUCUUUCCUCUCUUCUUGGUCUGGACGCAAUUCUUGCCAUCAUUGGUUUGGAGUGACUUGUCACAAGUCAGGAAGUGUCUCCGAUUUAGACCUUCACAGUUGCGGUUUGAGAGGUACACUCCACAAUCUCAAUUUCUCUUCACUCCCUAACCUUCUCACUCUUGAGUUGUCAUCUAACAAUCUCAUUGGUCCAAUCCCUCCUUCCAUAGGAAACUUGAGAAACUUAACCACUUUGCAUCUUUUUAAGAACGAGCUUUCUAGUUCCAUCCCUCAAGAAAUUGGAUUGUUAAUAUCUCUUAAUGAUCUUCAAUUGUCAACUAACAAUCUCACUGGUCCAAUCCCUCCUUCCAUAUGUAACUUGAGAAACUUAACCACUUUGCAUCUUUUUAAGAACGAGCUUUCUAGUUCCAUCCCUCAAGAAAUUGGAUUGUUAAUAUCUCUUAAUGAUCUUCAAUUGUCAACUAACAAUCUCACUGGUCCAAUCCCUCCUUCCAUAGGUAACUUGAGGAACUUAACCACUUUGCACCUUCAUAGAAACAAACUAUCCGAUUCUAUUCCUCAAGAAAUUGGAUUGUUGACAUCACUUAAUGAUCUUGCCUUGGCAACUAAUAGCCUCACUGGCCCAAUCCCUCCAUCCAUAGGAAACUUAAGAAACCUAACCUCUUUGUACCUUCAUACAAACAAACUAUCUGGUUCCAUCCCUCAGGAAAUUGGAUUGUUGACAUCACUUAAUGAUCUUGAAUUGUCAAAUAAUAUUCUCACUGGUCCAAUCCCUCCUUCCAUAGGUAACUUGAGGAACUUAACCACUUUAUAUCUUUUUGAGAAUGAGCUUUCUGGUUCCAUCCCUCAAGAAAUUGGAUUGUUGACAUCACUUAAUGAUCUUGAAUUGUCAAAUAAUAGUCUCACUGGUCCAAUCCCUCCUUCCAUAGGUAACUUAAGGAACUUAACCACUUUAUAUCUUUUUGAGAAUGAGCUUUCUGGUUCCAUCCCUCAGGAAAUUGGAUUGUUGACAUCACUUAAUGAUCCUGAAUUGUCAAAUAAUAGUCUCACUGGUCCAAUCCCUCCUUCCAUAGGUAACUUGAGGAACUUAACCACAUUAUGUCUUGAUGAGAACGAGCUUUCUGGUUCCAUUCCUCAAGAAAUUGGAUGGUUGAGAUUCUUAUCCUUCUUGGCCCUUCAUUACAAUAGACUUAGUGGUUCCAUUCCUUUAGAAAUGAAUAAUAUCACUCAUUUGAAAAUAUUGCACUUAGUUGAGAAUAACUUCACUGGCCAACUACCACAAGAGAUAUGCCUUGGUGGUGUUCUUGAAAACUUUACGGCCUUUGGAAACCAUUUCACUGGUCCCAUACCAAAAAGCUUGAAAAAUUGCACUAGCUUAUUCAGAGUUAGGCUUGAAAGAAACCAACUGACGGGGGACAUAGCCGAAAGUUUCGGUGUGUACCCGGCCCUAAAUUAUAUUGAUCUAAGCAGCAACAAUUUUUAUGGUGAGCUUUCUGAGAAAUGGGGGCAGUGCCACAUGCUCACAAGCCUGAACAUCUCCAACAACAAUAUUUCUGGUGCUAUACCGCCUCAACUUGGGAAAGCAAUUCAACUGCAACAACUUGAUCUCUCCGCCAAUCAUCUAAGUGGGAAGAUCCCAAAAGAGUUGGGUAUGUUGCCAUCAUUGUUCAUAUUGUUGUUAGGAGACAACAAUCUUUCAAGCAGUAUUCCUUUGGAAUUGGGAAACUUAUCCAAUCUUGAAAUUCUUAACUUGGCAUCAAACAACUUAAGCGGUCCAAUUCCCAAACAGCUGGGAAACUUCUUGAAAUUACGGUUCUUCAACUUGAGCGAGAAUAGAUUUGUGGAUAGCAUUCCUGACGAAAUUGGAAAGAUGCAAAAUCUUGAAAUUCUCGAUCUUAGUCAAAAUAUGUUGACAGGAGAGGUUCCACCGCUGCUUGGAGAAUUAAAGAACCUGGAAACGUUGAAUCUCUCCCAUAACGGGCUCUCUGGCACCAUCCCACACACGUUUGAUGAUCUGAUAAGCCUGACAGUUGCUGAUAUAUGCUACAAUCACUUGGAAGGUCCUCUCCCCAACAUCAAAGCUUUCGCUCUAUUUGAGGCAUUCAAAAAUAAUAAAGGUCUGUGUGGAAAUAAUGUCACUCAUCUCAAGCCAUGCAGUGAGUCGAAAAAGGCCAACAAGUUUUCUGUUUUGAUCAUAGUGCUCCUCACUGUGAGCACUCUAUUGUUCUUAUUUGCUUUUAUUAUUGGCAUUUAUUUUCUUUUCCAAAAAUUGAGGAAGAGAAAAACCAAGUCUCCAGAAGCAGAUGUUGAAGAUCUAUUUGCAAUAUGGGGCCAUGAUGGAGAAUUGUUGUAUGAGCACAUCAUACAGGGGACCGACAAUUUCAGUUCCAAACAGUGUAUCGGCACUGGAGGAUAUGGUACUGUUUACAAGGCUGAGUUGCCAACAGGUCGGGUUGUUGCUGUGAAAAAACUUCACUCAUCACAAGAUGGAGAUAUGGCUGAUUUGAAAGCUUUCAAAAGCGAGAUUCAUGCUUUAACACAGAUAAGGCAUCGCAACAUCGUCAAGCUUUAUGGCUUCAGUUCAUUUGAACAGAUCUCAUUUUUGGUUUAUGAGUUUAUGGAAAAUGGGAGCUUGCGAAACAUUCUAAGCAACGACGAAGAAGCAGAAAAAUUAGAUUGGAUUGUGAGGCUAAACAUUGUUAAAGGCGUGGCUAAAGCUUUAUCUUACAUGCACCAUGACUGCUCACCUCCUAUAGUUCAUCGAGACAUAUCGAGCAACAAUGUUUUGUUAGAUUCAGAAUAUGAGGCUCAUGUAUCUGACUUUGGCACGGCUAGGCUUUUAAAGUUGGACUCAUCUAAUUGGACUUCAUUUGCAGGAACUUUUGGUUAUACUGCUCCAGAACUUGCUUACACGAUGAAGGUUGAUAAUAAAACUGAUGUUUAUAGCUUCAGAGUGGUAACAUUGGAAGUAAUUAUGGGAAGGCAUCCUGGAGAACUCAUCUCGUCCCUGUUAUCGUCAGCGUCCUCAUCAUCCUCAUCACCAUCAACUGUGGACCAUCGCCUAUUGAAUGAUGUGAUGGACCAGCGCCCCUCACCUCCUGUGAAUCAAGUGGCUGAGGAAGUAGUGGCUGUAGUGAAGUUAGCAUUUGCAUGCUUGCGUGUUAAUCCCCAAUCUCGGCCGACUAUGCAACAAGUUGGUCGAGCACUCUCGACACAGUGGCCACCAUUGUCAAAACCGUUUUCCAUGAUAACGUUGGGUGAGCUGCUGGGUCAUGCUAGCUGAGGGUCCUCCCUUCUCCAUGAUGUAAAGUUGUUAUUUUGACUUGGUAUUGUUAUUUCCAAUAUGUUAUAUAUUGCAUAUGGACGUUUACUCACCCACGUGUAUCAACGACAAAGACGAAUCUCCAUCACAUUAAUUGAUGCUUUUGGCUGCAUUCAAUAAUUUCAAUGGCGGGUUCCUUUCUAGAGAAGUAGAGAUCCAUUCCAAUCUCUUUAAUUAUUUGCAUUUCUUUCAAUUUGGCCAUGGAAAAAUUAUCCAAAAUAUUUAGAAUUAGUUGACAAGUAUUCAAAAC